CAAUUAUUUCAUGGCAUUAUUUAUAGGUUAUAUUUGUAAUAAUAAUGUAGUAGAUUGUACGGCAAUGCGCUAAAAAAGAAUAUGAAAUUUGUAAUGAAAUCUUUGAACAAAUGUUUAAGAAUUAGAAAAUAUGUUUCUGAGUAAUGAAAUAAAUGUCACAAGUAAGGGCCAUAACGAAACGAGUGACAAAAAGAGCAUAAGCAAGCAAAAACGGGCUUAUCACAGAUUGCUGAGAGAUAUGAAUAUUAAAUGUACUGAUAAAUCAACACAGCACUUGAUGAUAUGUAAUGCUGGCUUAGUCACUGGUAUUAAAAGGGAAACACUGCAGUAUGUAUUAGAUGCAUUAAUUUCCAAGUAUGCGCUGAUUAUGCCAUCGAACAAAUCAUACUGUUUCAUAACAUGUAACUCGAAGGAAGAUGCUACCUGUGUAUAUAAUUAUGUUCAUGGACGUAUUAAACUUCCGGGUCAAAAUGGCCCAUUAUAUGUAUGCUACACAGAAACAGUUCCUAACCGAGAUGGGAGCACAUCCGAUUCUGCACUUCCACCUGGUCUUACAUUAAUAGAGAAUUUUAUAACUAAAGAGCAAGAAGAAAAUCUGUUAAGAACACUUGAUUGGGACAAUUGUGAAUCUGUCUCUUCGCAAUUGAAACAUAGACAAGUAAAGCACUUUGGGUAUGAAUUCGAGUAUGGCACGAAUAUGGUGAAUGUCGACAGACCUAUUGCUCCAAUACCAGGGGAGUAUAAAUUUCUGCAGACUUUAUUUAAUAAACAUGGGCAUAAGUAUACAUAUGACCAGCUAACUAUCAACAAAUAUUUACCUGGACAAGGUAUACCGCCCCACAUUGACACUCACAGUGUCUUCGAGGAUGAAAUAUUAUCCUUGUCAUUGGGCUCUGCGUGUGUCAUGAAUUUCAAGAAGGGAGAACAAAAGAUCGACGUGCUUCUGCCAGCCAGAUCAUUACUGAUCAUGGCGGGAGAAGUGAGAUACGCAUGGACACACGGCAUCUGCCCACGUCACAACGACGUAAUUAAAACGGAAAGCGGGAGCACGACGCGAGAACGCGGCAUCAGAGUAUCUUUUACUUUCAGAAAGGUGCGACGUGGUGACUGUUGCUGCAGUUUCAGAGAGCAUUGCGACAGUGCGAGACACGACACUGCCACCUUCAUUGACGCUAAGGCGGCAUCAGGAUUGGAGAAUUCAUACGUGCACAAGGUUUAUGAGGAAAUCUCCAAUCAUUUUAGCGAGACGAGGCGCAAGCAGUGGCCUAAUGUUACCAAGUUUCUCGAAAGCUUGGAAGAGGGUACACUGCUGUUGGACGUGGGCUGUGGAAAUGGCAAAUAUCUUUCCAGAGGACAAAACAUAUAUAAAAUGGGAUGCGACCGUAGUUCUGGACUAGUGGACAUAUGUCGUAAGCGGGGCUUCGAGAUUCUCCAGUGCGAUUGUCUGUAUCUGCCGUACAGAGACGAGUCUGUUGAUGUGGCAAUCAGCAUUGCGGUGAUUCACCAUCUAUCUACGCGGGAGCGUAGGCAACGGGCCAUCGCCGAGAUGGCUCGAGUGCUGAGGCCGACUGGAAAGUGCUUGAUCUACGUGUGGGCCAAGGAGCAGCGUAAGGAUUCCGCGGAUUCAUUCUAUCUAAAGUAUGGCAAAACGAGCAGAGAAGAGAACAGGAAAACCAACCAGAGUGCGAUCGGUCACGAAACGAUCGCCGACUGUUGCGUAACACUGCCGGUUCACGAAAACAGAACGAAUUUUGUGCACAGCGAUAUGUUGGUACCUUGGAAAAAGAAGGAUGGCGAGCGCUUCCUGAGGUAUUAUCACGUGUUCCAGGAGGGCGAACUCGCGAAAUUGUGCUCGGAAGUGCCCGCAGCCUCGAUUAAGGAGAUCUAUUACGAUCAAGGCAACUGGUGCGCGAUUCUCGAGAAAUGUAAAAACUCGUAAAGUGAGAAAUAAAUUGUUUUAAUUCUGUUAUCCAU